UCUGACAUCCGCGACUAUCUUUACUAAGAACAAACACCAACUGACGGACAGCAAUGGCUCCUGUCAAUAUUUGCAACAUGGUGAUGACCACGAAAGAUAAAAUCAAACUGAGAAAACCAGUGGUGGAGAAGAUGCGCCGAGACCGCAUCAACAGCAGCAUCGAACAGCUCAAGACACUCCUCAAAACCGAACUUCAAGCACACCAACCCAACUCUAAACUGGAGAAGGCUGACAUUCUCGAGACAGCUGUGUUUUACCUGAAAGACAAUAGCACGCGCCCUGCUUCUUCAUUCAACGCAGCGUCAACUGUCGAGCGCUACGCGGAGGGAUUCACCCGGUGCCUGGAGGAGACGCUGCGCUUCCUCUCAGCGCACAACCAGCCGACUGACUCACAAUAUAAGCUUGUAAAUCACUUCCAUCCCGCACAGAAACUUGGUGACAGAGUCGUGCUGAGUCCAAACCGCGCGACGGUCCCUCAAAACAGCAGGACUCCGAAAUGUGUCACCGCAGGUGGAAGAGGGCCUCUGUGGAGACCUUGGUGAUGAGCAUAGCCUAUUUGGAGACGUUCAAUAAUGAGACUUUCGAUGUUAAAACCAGAUAAUAUGUUGGUCUAGCACGACCCAGUAUGAUCUCUUCAUGUAGGAAAUUAUUCUUCCCUUUACAAUUUUAUCUUUUGUUCGUAAAAGUUGAAAUGAUUGUUAUUAUUCUGUUUAGAAUGUGAAUUCAAUAUCCUGUAUUGUGCAAUUGCGCAUGUAUUAUUAACUUCACAAUUGUGAAGUAAAAUGUUUUUACACAUUGUAAAAUAUAUUAAAGUUAUAUCUUGGUGUAUUUCUGGUAAUAUACCUCAGCCAUAUGUUGCUGAAUUGUAAUAUGUCCUGAAACAAACUGUGAUUAGAACAUUGGCUAUCACAAUGAUAUGGCAAUAUUCCCCAAUAAAAAAAG